CACAGAAAAAGGAAACUGUGGUAGAGUCUGGACCGUUCGAGAGUCUCAAGCCCUCGAGAGAAGACCAUCUAGAUGGGAUGAGCAGGGUCUGUUUUGGCAGCGGAGAUUGUGGCAAUGAGAAAGUUCAACAAUGUGUAGCACCUCUGGAUUAUUAAAGAGGGGAAAAACACGGAACUACCUCUACCCGAUCUGGUCACCAUACGCCUAUUACCUUUACUGUUACAAAUACCGGAUCACCCUCCGGGAGAAGAUGCUGCCUUGUUAUAAAAGCAUCAUAUAUAAGGAACGGGAGGACUUGACACUCCGGCCCCGUUACUGCCUUCAGUGCUCCGAGUCCCCAGCAGGCCUCCAGGGGGUCAGAAGCACCGAGCAGGGUGACCACGACCAGCUUAAAGAAUUAUACUCGGCUGGGAACCUGACGGUGCUGGCUACUGACCCCCUGCUUCACCAGGAUCCAGUACAGUUAGACUUCCACUUCCGCUGCACCCCCCAAACCUCUACCCAUUGGCACGGCCUUCUCUGUGAUCAUCGACUCUUCCUGGAUAUCCCAUAUCAGGCCUUGGAUCAAGGCAACUGGGAAAGUUUGACUGCAACACUGGAGUAUGUGGAGGAGAAGACCAACGUGGACUUGGUGUUUGUAAGCUUCCAAAAUAACCGGAAUGACAGAGGUGCCCUGCUACGGGCCUUCAGCUACAUGGGCUUUGAGGUGGUCAGACCAGAUCACCCUGUCCUCCCUCCCUGGGACAAUGUCAUCUUUAUGGUGUAUCCCCUUGAAAGGGAACUUGGCCACCUGCCCAGUGAGCCUCCCUGAACAUGCCUAUUCCUGUUGAGGGGCUGGGAGCCUUGACCAGUGGAAACCAGGAUGUGAUUCAGGACACCUUUCAUCCUAGAAAUAAAGGGUAGUGCAAUCCUCAA